AAGGAUCCCAACUCCAAUAAAGCAGCCGUCUCCAGCCCCUUCCUUUCCCAUGGCCGCCCCGUCGCGGCACACGACUCCUUCCUCCGUUCUCCCUUCUCAUCUGCCGUAACCAUCAGUCAUUUUUCUUCUUCUGCCUCUCCUCUCGUUUCUCCUCGCCUUGAACCAUUUCACCGAAGUCAAGCUGCAAUGGACGGGGAAGGCGAAGAGGAGCACUUGGUGGAGGAAAGGGAGGUGGAAAUGGUGGCCUUCACCGGCCCCCGCAAACCCGUCUACAGAAAAGGUUGGUUCUUGAGGCCCCUCGGUGUUCCAUUUUUCCCUCCGAGGCGUAAAAGGCCCUCCUUUGUUGAUCUCGAUGAUUCCAUGGUGGUCUUCAAUGGGUGGGCGUCCGUGUCGCCUAAGUGGAAUCAGUGGGUUGACAAGCUGCGGCCCAUUUAUGGCGUGUUAUGGAAGAAAGUUGGGAUCUUUGAUGCGAUACACGCAUCUACCUACAGGAUCAGGAGAGACUCGUCUUCAAUUUUGGCGAUCUCAGCGUCUUGGUGCGGGGAUACCAGCACGUUCAUCUUCCCCUGGGCGGAGGUCACUGUUACAUUGGAGGAUGUGAUGAUUCUUGGGGGCUUUCCGGUGGCCGGCGAGCCCAUAAGGGGCCCUUUGCACGGGGAGCUCAAAGAGAUCGAGGUGCAAAUGACGGCUGAGCGCAAAAGUUUCAGUCGGUCCCCAAGCAAAAGGCCUAAUCAUAAUCAGUGGAUGAUGCGUUACAUGGAGUGCGAAGGUGACGAGUUAGAGCACAUUGCGUUUCUUGCGUUAUGGCUGUCAAGGUUCGUCUUCCCCGCUCACGCUUUCAAGACUGUGACGCAGAGCGUGCUUCCUGUGGCCAUUAGACUGGCACGAGGCGCGAGGAUCGCCCUUGCGCCUGCGGUGCUUGCAAGCCUCUAUCGAGACUUGGGGAAGGUGAAGGAUUAUUUAGCCGACAGAGGUAGGCAAAAGGUGUCAUCUUUGGUCAUAUGGGCUCCUUUCAAUCUACUUCAGCUGUGGAUUUGGGAGCACUUUGUGGCCUUGAGGCCUGCAGGGCUAAAUGAAGUCAACGACUGUGAACCGAGAGCAGCAAGAUGGCAUAACGUCGGAAAGAAACUCAAGCUGGCAUUAUUGCGUUCAGUUCUUGAAUCGCCUAAUGAGUUCCAGUGGCGUCCUUACACUGUUGGUUUGAGGAAUUGGCACAAACCAUGUUUCUACAAGGACAAGGGGCUGUGGAUUCAUAGCGUUGAAACCCCAGGUGUGGAGCUGAAAUCCUUUGCCCAGUUCUUGAGGAGAAGCGAGCUAGUCGGGCUAGAUUGCAUUGAGCAGUAUUCUCCACAAAGGGUGGCAAUGCAAUUCGGGCUGGAUCAGGACAUACCUGGUUCCGUUGUCCGGACUAAUUUGACCUGGGAAGCAGCAUGGGAGACCUAUGACAUAUCCAGGAAAAAUAUUGUGUUCUAUAUCCCUCCCCAGCUGUUUGAAUCAGAUGUCACUCUCCAGUAUUCAGUUUGGUGGAAGCAGAAGAUUCGACCUCGUGCUACUGGCACAAUUAGUAGUGUGGAACAACCAAAUAGUUCUUUGAAGAGUGCGAAAGUAAUUGCAGGUAAAGUAAGGGGUGUUAAGAAGAUGAAGUCAGUCCAGGUUUUGACUUUCGGCAAGAAAAGGACCAUGCAAGAGUGUUAUGAUAGUGACACCACACUUUCUCACUGGUUUGCUUGUAAUGAUAAUCAGGAAAGCAGGGAAAACAAAUGCAUAAAAACUCAGAAACAUUCAUUAACAUCUUCAGAGAAGCAAAUGCGGCCUAUUCGAGAACAAAAGUCAAAUAAAAUGCCAAAGCUAUCUCAAAAGUUUCCAAAGGAUAUAAAACAGAAUUCAAGUACCCAAUGGCAAACCAAGAGGAAGCAAACCAAAGAAGCAUCUUCCACUGAUCGAUUGGAUGAGGAGAAGCAACUUGAGAGACGGACUGCUGGAGAAUAUGCAUGUGAGCAGAUGCUAAUUAAAAACAGCAGAGAAGCUCUUCAACCUGCACAAUCAGAUUUCUCAAUAGAACUUACAGAAGUUACCAAACAAGAGGAAAAUUCAACAAAAGGCAAACAAUCAAAGAUUCAUGUGAAAUUCAAGAAGUUAAAGCAUGAAAACACUGAGGGCAAGGAGGAUGAAGUGUUGACUGAAGUUACUGAGACAGAAGAUGUGCGAAAAAUAAACCUCAAGGAAGAAAAUUCCCAGGAAAAAGAGGUCGAGGGAAAAAAUGCUGGAGAGCAACAGGUUAAAAACUUGAACAAUGAAAAUGCGGAGGAUGAGGAAGAUAAGACAUUUGUUGAUAAAGUUGAUAAUGAAAACGUUGGAGAAAUGCAAAUUAAAAUGUUAAAGAAGCAAAAUUCUGCAGACAAGAAUGAUAAGGAAAUUAUAAGAAAUGAUUACAGAGAUUCUGGAGAAUCCUUUUUUGACCAGAUACUGAAAAUGGUACCUGAAAAAACUCUUCCUCUGGAACAGGAAGAGAAACUGAAACAGAGAAAAGGAAAGAAAUUUUCACCAAAAGCUGAAGAAUCAGUGCAUGAAAUGGAGAUAAAAGAACUCAAGAAAGAAAUUGCUGCAAUAGAGGCAAGAGUAAUGGCCUUGGAAUCACUGGCUGAGGUUCAUACCUAGCAUAAUAACACCUAGUUUGUGCUUUCUUUAGUAGUUAGUGUACUGAAAAUGAGAUGCUAUACUUGUUUUGCUGACUAACAUUUAGCUAAUCAAAUGCUUUUAGUUUCUUCAACUGCAUGAAAUGUUGUUUGAUAGUAAACAAUCUUUUUAUGCUGAAUAUUUGAUGAUUAAAGUUAGAGAUAGGAUGCUUCUUAAGUGCAAAUCUUGUAAUCCUUCUGAAGUUGCACAGAAGGCUUGUUAUAACAUAUUGUGCUUGUAGAAACAACCAACUUAUAAAAAAGGCUUCUGCAUCUUGCAGACUGUUGUAGUUUUGCAAUGUCCUAAAUGCUAAAUUCCCUGCAUGGUAAUGCUAUAUGCAAAUAUUGGAAAGAAUUAUGAUUUUUGAUGGAUGAACAAGUUUCCUACAGACUUCUUCAAUGUGCCAGUGGCAACGCAGCAUCUGAAAACUACCUCAUGCAGAAAAUACAUGAAAUUGGUCUCAUUAUGAAUUUUAAUCUGCAGGCCUGAGUUUGCUUAAAUAUAAUAUAAGCAGGACUCUUAUUCCUAGUGAAUGCAUUAUCUUUUGAGACUUGUAUUUGUUGUUUUAUAACAUUGGGCAAGUCAACACCUAUC